AGUAGGGUGUUUAAGAUCUGCGUAAGUGGAUUAAAAUAAAUGUUUCCUUAACUAUCAUGUGAGGUUUAAUAAUAAAAAACUCGCAUAAUAUUAGUUUAUCAUUGUGUAUAUUUAAAUAUAAGUUUUAUGAUUUAUCAUGAAGGACAUUAAAUGGAAAAAACUGGCAGCUAUGUUACAAAAUCCACUUCUUGUGUUCUGUCUCACCAUUUUUUUCAUUAAUUUAAAUAUCAAAUAUGUAAAUGCACAGAAUGUGGCUUCAGUGGCUUCACCAUUCUUUUUCCUUUGCCAAUACCAUCGAGAUCUUGAUCAACCAGGGGCAGUUCGAGGUGAAAUAGCAUUGUCAGUUAAUAUCAAAGGUAAUCCAGAGUAUUAUGAACCUGGAAAAGUUUAUGAAGUCACUGUGUCUUCAAGUCUGGAUUUUGAUGGAUUUCUUAUGACUGGACUUUAUACAGCUCCUUCUGGGACUGUGGGAAAAACUAUGAAUUUACUCAGUAGUAAACUUCCUAAUGAGCCAGAUGGUGUAAAAGGACUUGUUUGUGCUAUUGUUCAUUCACAUUUGUCCCAUAGGCCUGCAAAGUCAUUGAUGUUUUUAUGGAUGGCACCUCCCUCUGGCACAGGUUGUGUGAAUUUCUUAGCAACAGCCACAUUAGGUCAUGAAGUGCUAUUCAAAGACACAUUAGCUCUACAAUUGUGUGAAGCUGGAGAAUCGAUCAAAGCUGUUGAUGUUCCAUUAAUGAGUGGAGUGCAUGAUCCAGGACUUGUAAUUAGAGAAGAUUUUGAAACUUAUGAUGAAGCUAAUUCUCUAAUAUGGUCUGAAAUAAUCAGUGGUACAGUUAAUGAUCAAUGUGGCUCUGUUCUGCAUGGAAAAGCUGCUACAUUUUGUAAUCCUACGGGGCCUCGAUCUAUGACUACUGUGCCUUUGAAUACUACAACAGCUUCAACAUUACAAUUUGCAUUAGGUGCUGGAAAUUGUACAAUUGCUGCUGAUGAUCCUCCUAUCACUGUGUAUUAUGGAACAGAAAAAUGUACAAAAUGGCAUGAAUUAGAACAAAUAAGGCUUCAACCAGCUAUUGAAACCACAGUGCAUAUACUUUGCUUACCACCUUUAGCAAAAUCUACAGAUGUUUGUAUUCAGUGGCACCAAGAAGCUACUUCCAGUACUGGGAAAUUCAAAGGGUGUUGGGCUAUAGACAACAUUGUUAUAAGCAGUGUAUCAGAUCGUCCUAAAUUUGUUGAAGAUAAUUUUGAUCCAAUAGAUCCAGGAAACUUUUUAUUUUUUCCUGGUGGUACUGUACAGAGGAAGUGUCAUUCAGAUGGAAAUGCUUUAACAUUCUCUGGCCAUGGACGACAUCGUAGAAUAGUUAUAACAAGGGAUUUAGAUAUGUCAACAAUUAUUGCAUCUGAAGACAUUAUUUUCAAUGAACAGUUCAGUAAAGGAAUUACUUCAUGGGUUGUGAAAGGAGGGGAAGUAAGCUCUAGAUGUGAAAUAUUCAAAUAUAAACAAGCCUUGUUGAUGUCUGCAAAAGGAACUCGAAUAUUUUGUACACCAUUUGUUAAUGCUGCAAGAGCUGGAAAUCUACGGUUCCAUUUUCUGUUUGGUGGUGAAAAUUGUUCUGCAGUUCAGCCAGAUACUGAUAUGAGUCAUAAUACUCCAGUCUUGGUAUAUGCAGAAACAGCUCGUGGAGAACAAAUCAUGUUAACUGAUGUAAUCCAUGCUGCAGUCAUGGAACCAACUCUUGUGUCCCUUCCAAUACCUGCAGAGGCCCAAACAUCAAAAACUAGAUUUUGUUGGAGUCAAGCAUCAAACAAUGGAAAAGAUAAGGACAUGUGGGUUGUGGAUAAUGUUCUUAUUUUGCCCAUGUUACAAUCAGAAAUUACUCAUGUUUUGAAUUUCAAGAUCAACUUUCAAUGUGGAGCUAAUUUGACAGCUAAUGCAGUUGCUGUGGAGUUUAGUACCACAUCUGGUCAUAACUGGCACUCAUUGCAUGAAAUGUGUCUUCCUCCUAUAUGUAAUGGUACUCAUUCAUCUUUAAAAUCACGUUUAACAUCUUUUGACAUGAAAGGGUGGAACAAAGUUUCCUAUCCUAUACCUUAUGCAGCUCUUAUAGAUGGAGUUCGAUUCCGUAUAAAACAAUCUGGAAAAUUUUCAGCUUCUAAUUGGGCAAUUGAUGAUGUUUACAUUGGAAUGUGUCCAAAUGGCUGCAGUGGCCAUGGAAAGUGUACUAAUUCUGGAUGUCUAUGUGAUAUGGGAUAUUCUGGCCAGAAAUGUGCAAUAGCAUCUGUUACAAUUCCAUCUUAUUUAUCUGAAAUGUUUCAGUCACCUAAAGUCAGUGAAAUGCCUGGCAUUACAAAUUUACUUGGAGCUGAAAUGGGGUAUCAGUGUGGAUCACUGGGUAGUGGAAAAGCUGUAGUAUUUGAUCAACCAGGUCCUAGAUUUGUAAUUACAAAAGAAGUCAACACUACUUUUGUGAGAUUUUUCCAGUUUACUUUGCGAAUUGGUAGCUCAUCAAAGAAAAGUCCCUGUUUGUCACCAGAUCAUCCAUCAGAAGUUGUUUAUAUUCAUUAUUCUUGCAAUGGAGGCUUAACAUGGGAUCUUCUGGAGCUGUUUGAGAAAGCCAAAUAUCGAGAACCAAAAAUUGUAUCUCUACCAUUGACAAAUGAUGCAAAAAAGGAAUGGUGUAUGUUUAAAAUUUGGCAGCCUUAUCAUUCAGGAAAAUCAGAAGACGUUUGGGCCAUUGAUGAUAUAAGUUUAUCUUCCUCUCUCCUGAAUGUCAUCAGUUUGAACUUUUCUGAUCUCAAAGCAAUGAAUACUUCGAUUCGUUACAGUUCUGGGGUGGUAAAAAAAUAUUGUACCUCUGAAGGGGAUGCAGUGGUAUUUGAUGAAGAAGUAUAUAAUGGAGUUACAAGGUCACUUGAAACAAAAUCAAUUACUGUUGGGCCUUCUUAUAUGGUACAGUUCGAUUUGUUGAUGGGAUGUAGUUCAGUAUUUUCUUCUGAAAAGAAAAAUCAAGUACGUUUGGAAUUUUCGACAAAUCAUGGCAUGAACUGGUUUCCAGUAUACAAACCUUGCUUGCCGUCCAAUGGCAGUUGUAAUGGAGUCUUCACUAAAGGAACUGUAUAUGAUGCAACUGAAUUCAGCAAAUGGAAACGGGUUACAGUAAGCCUUCUACCAGCAACAUGGUCAAGUUCAACUCGUUUCCGCUUCAUCCAACAUGAAUUUGAUACCAGUGAUAACUGGGCAAUAGAUAAUUUAUAUAUUGGACCUCAAUGUAAAGAUAUGUGCAGUGGUCAUGGAAGAUGUAUAGAGGGCUCUUGUGUGUGUGAUCCUGGAUUCUUUGGCAAAAGUUGUGUUCCUCAAGACAAACUGAAAAAUAAAAUGAUCAAAAAGUUUGAAUCUCCUGAAGAGCUUGUGAAGGGAAAUUUUGACAUUAGUGGUGGUUCAGUUAUGCCUGCAGAUGAAGGAUGUGGACCCAUAGGUUCUGGAUCUGCUGUGUAUUUCUAUCAAGAUGGUAUUAGACAACUUGUUACAAGUGAUAUGGAUACUGAAAAUACUGAUUUUAUGCAAUUUUUUAUUCGUAUCGGAGGAGGAGAUCCGGCUACAUGUAAUAAUGCCUCACAAAAAGAUGAAGGGGUAUUAGUUCAGUAUUCAAAUGAUGCUGGCAUUUCAUGGAAUUUGUUGAAAGAACUGGAUCCUCAAAACUACAGAAAUCCCAGAUUAGAGCAUGUUACACUUCCCUUUACGGCUCGAACCUACAGCACACGAGUUCGUUGGUGGCAGCCUCAACAUUCAGGUGAAGGCAAAGACCAGUGGGCUCUUGAUGACGUCUAUUUGAAUGCUAACAGUAAGCCGGAUAAUUUAGAGGCCAUGCAGCAAGUUUCAGCCCCAGAAGAACAAAAGAUGGUAUCUGCAAUUACAAAAUCAUCAAUGCAGCACUAUUGUAACUCAACAAGAAAAGUUCUGCUAUUAAAUGGAUAUGAACGGUUUAAAUUUCUCAUAACCAGACCACUUUACUUGAGAGAAGGGCAAGUCAUCAUGUUCCAGAUAAAUGUAGGUUGCUCUAAUAAAUUUGACUGGGAUAGUGCUGUCCAGUUAGAGUACUCACAUGAUUCUGGUGUUACUUGGUCAUUAGUUGAAGAGCAAUGUUUCUCAGGCUCGCAGUGUUAUGAAUCUGCACAUGAAGCUUCAAUAUACUAUUCUGGUCUUUAUGGAACAUGGAGACGUGUGCUUAUUCCUGUAACACAUCACUUAGCACAAAAGCAAACCUUACUGCGUUGGAAACAAGAAUCACAAUUUGCUGGAAAAUUUGUUCAACUGCCUCCAUUUGCAAUUGAUGAAUUUUAUGUUGGAUAUCCAUGUCCUUUGCAUUGCUCUGGCCAUGGAACUUGUGAAAAUCAAGUGUGUGUAUGUGAUCCUGGUUUCCAUGGACCAACAUGUAGUAGCAUUCAGCAAAAUCCUUCUGGUAUGAUUGAUCGAUUUGAUGAUGCCCAUGAGUUGCUGGAAAAGUGGGAAGUUUUUGGAGGUCAGCUUGGAUUGGGUUGUGGGAAUUUAUCCUUAGGAAAUUCACUUUAUUUUGGGAAACCUGGUUAUCGCCUUGCCCAGACAAUGGAUUUGGACACCACGAAUUUAAAGACACUGCAAUUCAUUGUUCAGUUGGGAAGCGUUCAAAAUACAGCUACAUGUCGAAGACCUCUUGAUCGCAGGGAAAAUGUUUUUGUUCAGUUUUCUACAGAUCAUGGCUUAACUUGGCAAACUUUAAGAGAACUGGACUAUGAAAUUUUUAGUUUGAAGCCAACAUCUGUAGAACUUCCAUUAUUUAAAGAAGCAAAAUCAAGUGCUACAUCAUUCAGGUGGUGGCAACCUUUGAAUAAAAGAGGUAAAGAAAAUGCUCAGUGGGCUAUUGAUAAUGUGCAAGUACUUGGAAAUCAUAAGAAUGCUAAAGGAUUUCAGGAUAAUUUCAAUCCAAUUGUUGUUGAAAAUUGGUUUUUGACUCAGCAUGGAACACCCAGAGCAGGUUGUGCUGCUGCUGGUCGAGCACUGACUUUUGCUGCAGAUCAUACUGAAGAACAUUAUGCUGAAACUUGGGAUUUUGAAAUUCAUCCUGCUUCUUUUCUUCAAUAUGAUAUCAAUUUGGGCUGUGGUUAUCAUAUCAAUCCAUUUAGUGUUCGGCUGGAAUUUUCUUUGGAUAAAGGCCGUUCAUGGUCACUUGUUGCUUCUCCCUGCAUGCCACCAGAUGUGGGCUGUACAAGUUAUUCCACUGGCACUGUUCACUCAUCAGAUCAGUAUAGAAACUGGACCAGAGUAACUGUCUAUCUGCCACAAAGAGCCUUAUCUCCAUCCACACGUUUCCGUUGGAUUGAAGUUAUGAGACAUUCUGGACACGCUUGGGCUUUGGAUAAUGUUUACCUUGGAGAUGGCUGUCCAUGGAUGUGUUCAGGUCAUGGUUAUUGUGUUGGGACAAAAUGUGUUUGUGACACUGGUUUUAAACCUCCCUUCUGUGUCCCAGAAGAUCCUCUGCCUUGCGAAUUGAGAGAUACUUUUGAUGUUGUAUCUUCUAAUAAGACAGCUUGGCCUGAAAUUUAUGGGGGCGAGAUUAGUUCUAGAUGUGGUGUGUUAGUUAGUGGAACAGCACUUGUGUUUUACAAGGAAGGUAUGAGAAUGGCUGUCACUCAAGAUCUAGACUUAACUGCUGCACAAUACAUUCAGUUCACACUCAAAUAUGGAUGUCAGGGAUCUGUGCCCCCAACAGUAACUCGUGGCAAUGGCAUUCUUAUUCAGUAUUCAAAUAAUGGUGGAAUUACUUGGCAUUUACUGAAGGAACUUCACUUUUCAGCUGAGACAUCUCCCCAGUACUACAUGAUUCCAUUAAAAGAUCCUACAGCCUUAACAAAUUCUACACGUUUGCGACUAUGGCAGCCUUUGAAUGCUGGAACUGAUCUAAUGCAGUGGGCAAUUGAUGAUUUCUAUGUUGGCGGAAUGAUAGUGAAGCCAAAUGUUUUAUAUGAUCCAUUAGUGCAUAUUCCACAACCUGAUGCUUGGCUAUUUUGGCCUGGAGGUGCCAUGGGAAAUUUUUGUACAAGUGAGCCUCGAAGUGCUAUGGUGUUUUCUUCUAGUGAAGGAGAAAGGUCUUUCUAUACCAGAGAUAUGACAGUGAUGGAUGAUUAUGUUAUUCAGUUUGAGAUUAAAGUUGGUUGUGGCAUCACUAUUUCACCUGAAGAUCCAGUAUAUCUUGAAUAUUCUUCAGACCAAGGACGAUCCUGGGAGUUAGUCAAAUCCUCUUGGCUUCGAUAUGGGUCAGGUCCUGAUACUGUAUUGCAAGCAGAAACUCCAUCAGUGUAUUACAGCAAUAGUCAUCAGGAAUGGCAAAGGAUAAUUGUUCCUCUUACUGGGCUGAAAAUAUGUGGAAAUGUGCGUUUUAGAUGGACACAAGGCUAUCAUUCACUUCGAGAUUCUCCAUCUUCAUGGGCUAUUGACAACAUUUACAUUGGUCCUUCAUGUGCUUUACAUUGUAUGGGUCAUGGAUUCUGUAUCAAUGGCAUAAUGUGCCAAUGUGACUCAGGUUUUGGUGGAGAUUUCUGUCAUAGUCUGCAGCCUUAUCCAAGUUUGCUAAAAGAUGGUUUUGAAGAAAAUAAAAUUGAUUCUAAAAAUUGGGAACUUUGGAGUGGAACUGAAAUAUCUUUGAGUUGUGGAAUUCUUAUAAGUAGUACUAGUUUAGUUUUCACAUUCCAAGGUGAAAGAAUUCUUAUGUCUCGAGAUCUUGAUUUGACAUAUGUUGGUUCAAUACAGUUUUACAUAAGACUUGGUUGCAAAUCAGAACCACCAUCCCCAGAAGAACAACCUGUUCUCCUUCAGUAUUCCAUAGAUGGAGGAGCUACAUGGAACAUGCUUGAGCAGUUUGGGUUUGGUGAAAGUUCAAGAGUUUCACAUCCUUCUUAUAUUGCAAUCGAAUUACCUUAUCAUGCCAGAACUAAUGCAACCAGACUUAGAUGGUGGCAGCCAUCCUUUAAUGGAUCAUUUUUAGAAGAAUGGGCUUUAGAUCAGAUAUUCAUUGGAGGAGAUGCCAAUGGAGUUGCAACAUUAAAUGAUGAUUUCAGCAGUACGAAAGAAGCCAACUGGGUUCUUAAUCCAGGUGCUAAGCUAGAACCAACAUGUGGAAGUAAACACAACUUCUUGCACUUCAAAGGUGCUGAUGAUAGAAGAUAUGCUGUAACUACUGAUGUUGUAGUUAGUGAGAAUACAUAUGUGCAGUUUGAGCUUGUCAUGGGAUGCAAGUCGAAUUCUGCAGCUUGCUAUGAAAUACUGCUGGAGUAUAGUAUUGAUAUGGGAAAGACAUGGGAUUUAGUUAAACAUGAUUGUCUUCCAAUGGAGGCUGAUUGCAGUGAUUAUUUUGAGGGUACUGUGUUUCUCUCAGAUAUCUAUGAGGAAAUUACACGCAUAUCCAUUCCAUUACCAUAUUAUACAAGGACUCAGACAACAAGAUUUAGAUGGAUUCAACCACCAGGGUUCAAAUCUUCUCAAACCUGGGCUAUCGGACAUUUAUAUGUAGGUGAAGAAUGUGAGAACAUGUGCUCUGGUCAUGGACGAUGCAGCUCUGGCAUCUGCAAGUGCGAUGAUGGCUGGACUGGUGCAGAUUGUGGAGAAUCUAAAUCCUCUCUACCAACAGAACUGAGAGAUUCUUUUGCAUCUGAACCAUCGAAAAGCAAAUAUUCACUAGUAGCAGGAGGUAUACUUUCAGAUCUGUGUGGUCCAUUAGCUUCUGGAUCAGCUUUGCACUUUUAUGGAAGUUGCAGUAGACAGCUUGUAACAAAGGACUUGAAUUUAAGGAAAGCUACUGUGAUUCAUUUCUACUUCCGCUAUGGUUGUAUAUCUCCACCAGCAUCAAGUAAUCAUACUGUUUUCCUUCAAUAUUCAUUGAAUGGAGGAAUAACAUGGACAACUUUGAAGGAAUUAUAUUUUAAGAAUCAUGUUUAUCCCAGUUAUGUCGCUGUUCCCCUUCACGAUGAUGUGAGGAAAAAGGUUGUAAGAAUCCGCUGGUGGCAAGCCCAACAUGGGGGUAGAGCUCAUCAUGACUGGGCUGUGGAUAACAUAUUUAUUGGUGGAGAUGUCGACGCACCAGAAAAAUACCUUUCUUUAGAAAAGGGACAUUUUUUGCGUAACCGUGAGUGGCUAACUGCCACUCAUAUUAACCAUGAGGAAUAUUGCAACAGUGAUCAUAAAGUUGCUGUUGGAAAGUCGAUAACAAAUGAAAACGCUGUUUUGGAAACUAUCGAUGUGCAUGUCAAGAAACAUUAUGUAUUGGAGUUUAUGUUUUCAAUUGGAUGCAAUGAAAGCUGGGAAGAUCCUGGUAUGCCCGUAAAAUUAGAAUAUUCAGUUGAUUUUGGAGAUACUUGGCAAGAGGUUGUACAAAAAUGCCUUCCAAUGGAGUUAUCUUGUCCUGGUGUUGCGCAGCAGCCCUCCAUUUAUUUUGCCCCUGUUCCCUGGAAAAGAUUCAUUUUCCCUCUGCAUGGAGAUAUUAUUUCAAAUUGGACGCGCUUUAGAUGGAGUCAAGAAGCAACUCAAGAUGCCACCCCAUCCCAAAUGUGGGCAUUAAAAAAUGUUUACAUUGGACCUCAGUGUCCACAUCAUUGUCAUGGUCAUGGCUCUUGUGUAGAACUUUCUUGUGAAUGUGACAAAGGAUAUGAAGGAGAUACUUGUGCCAGAGCUGAAGACAGACCAACAUUUUUAAAAGAAGCUUUUGAAGAAAAGGCAUUUGAUCCUACAUACUGGAGCUAUGUAGUUGGGGGUCAAAUCGCACUACCAUGUUCUGUUCUUGUUGAAGAUUUUGCUGCUGUUUUCAGUGGUGCUGGGCCACGAAUUCUGGAGACAGUUGAUUUGGAUUUAAGAGAUGCAAAAUUUAUUCAAUUUGUGGCUCAGAUUGGAGGAUAUGGAGACAAUUUAGCUUGCAUUGGUGCUUCUUCACGUAAUCAGAAUGCAUAUUUGCAGUACUCAAUCAAUGGGGGUGUUCGCUGGCAUUUGCUGCAUGAAUUAGAUUACUCUCUUUAUUCUCAACCACAUGCUGAUCAUAUAUUGAUUCCUGAACAUGCACGAAGCCCUGCUACUCGAAUUCGUUGGUGGCAACCAUCUGGUUUGAUUGAAGGAGAAUUGCUACCUGCAUUGGCUUUAGAUAACAUUUAUAUAGGAGGGUCUGAAAUCAAUGCAUUUGAGCUGUUUGAUGACUUUGAAGGCCCUGGAGGGGCUGAUCCUACCAAUUGGUGGUUUGGGCCAUAUUCUAAGGUGGAAAAUUCUUAUUGUUACCAUCCAAGUCAUGCACUCUUGUGGAAGAAAGAUUCUGAUAUAGAAGAAAGAGGAAUUACAACCAGAGAAUUAAUUGUGGAAAAUGGCUUUAUGAUUCAAUUUAAAAUUGCUGUUGGCUGUGGUGAAUAUACUGACAGCUGCUUGACAAAUCACAGUAUAAGACUAGAAUAUUCUAAAGAACCUGGUUCAGAAAACUGGGAGUUAGUCAACAGAGCUUGCUUCCCAACCAAUUCUAUUCAUUCCGAAUGUGCACCUAACGAAUUCCAUAAUCCGUCAAUCUAUUCUACUAACACUCAUAAGAAAUGGACAUUGGUGAUGCUGCAUCUACCAGAGAAAACAUUUUCAAGCACAACACAAUUUAGAUGGAUACAGGAUACACCUACCAAUAUACCAAAACCACGAAAUUUACCAGCAUGGGCUAUUGAUGAUGUUUACAUUGGAGAGGCCUGUCCAUCAAUGUGUCAUGGAAAAGGAAUUUGUGUUCAAGGGAAAUGCCAAUGUGAUCUGGGAUUUUCAGGCGCAGAUUGCAAACCGUCACGAAAUUUGAUCACUGCAAGGAUCCUUCCAACCACUUUCUUGGACUCUUUCGAAAACGGUCUCUCGGCCGAUUUGUGGGAAGUGGUGAAAGGUGGAUGGAUAAGUCAAGAAUGCGGUUCUUUAGCGCCACAUGGUGGCGGGAAACAUUUAUAUAUGGGCGAAUGUGGAAGAAGAGCGAUUGUUACCAAAGAGUUGGAUGCAUCGCUGGCAAGCAAACUGAUGUUCGUCCUGCGCAUUGGUACGGAAGAAGGAUUUUCACAAUGCCACAUCAGUUUACUGCACCCAUCUGCUUCGGAUAAAUCGGUGAUACUUCAAUACAGCAUCAACGAUGGCAUUUCUUGGGAAUUUAUUGCUUUGCACUCAGCAAUGGAUUUCAAAAAACCGAGGCGAUUAGUUUAUGAAAUCCCAGAGCCAGCCAAAGUGUACGGGGUACGUUUCCGAUGGUGGCAACCGUUCCACGAAGGCAGAGGCUAUGAUCAAUGGGCCUUGGAUAACGUUGAAAUAGUAAGCACACCAUACGAUAGUCGAAGACAUUAAAAGUUCUUGGUGAGUUUGAAAGGCAAAAAUAGAUUUUUUGAACCGUUUUUGUUAUAUACGCAUUUUGUUUUAUUACAUGGCUUCUUCAUUCGAGUACAGAUGAGAAUACUUAUACUGCUUGUUUAAUCGAGAGGCAUAUGUUUGAUUUCAUUUGUAUAUUUGUAAAAUUUUUAAUUCAUCAAUGAAGUUGUACAUUUUAUGAUUAUUUGAUAUGAAAUUUUUCCCUUAUAUUUUUUGGAUAUAUUUUAAUAAAUAUGUAAUGAUUUUGAA